UUACCUAGACGUGUUUAUGUCUUUACUUGACAUAGACUAUCUCGUCUCUCUUUUUUGGCUGACCCCAAGAAUGGAUCACCGUCAGUGGACCUACCUAUACAGGAUACUCCAUAAAUGGAACGUCCGAAAAAAGCCAUACCGAAACUGGGCAUAAUUCUUAUUACAAAGCCACGAAACGCAUAAUGGCAAUUACUGAGCUUAACGCUCGCAGCGAGACUUCUGAAGAAACAUCAACAGGAACAUCACAUGCCAAAAUUGUCUUCAUUGCAUCGCUUUUCGUCGUGUCUCUAGCAACUUUUAUUUGCCAAACUGAGUUCACUAGUCAGGCAUAUCUUGUGGGCUUCAAAGAGCCUGUAAUUUUGCUAUUAGUCACUCAUGGAUCUUGGUGGCUUUUAUGGCCGCUGCAGGCACUCUUCACAUCGCUUUGGCGAACAUACCUAAAGUACAGAGACUCAAAAUCAAACCAAAGAUACGAACGGCUAGAUUCUAGCGCUUUUCUCUUGGAGCAUGAGGCUCCAUUACAAUCAACUGCCCAAAGUGACAGGGAGCCCCCAACUCCCGCUAUGGGUCUGGAAAUUGUGGAAACACGGCCGCUUAACAUUUGGAAAUAUUUCAAAAAAUGCCUCGUGAAACAGGUCCACAAUGUAUAUCAUACAUCUAUUUUGGUCUAUGAGGCCCAGGUGAACGAUGACCGCCUGACACACAAUUUGCAGCGUUUGAUUGAUCGGAAUACACACAUUUCAUCAACCUCAUCAUUAUCUGCAUGUAUCAAGAGUCUCAUACAAACACCGGCUUUCAGAUAUAUAGCGGCAAAGACCGCGAUCAUUUCCGUCGUUUUAAACCUUGCAGGGUUUACAUGGUACGGGGCUAUGUCCAUGACGUAUGCCUCUGAUGUUACUGCCAUUUACAACUGCUCUGCAUUUACGGCAUACGCAUUUGCUAUUCCCUUAUUAAAUGAGAAGUUUUCCUGGUUGAAAGCUGCUUCCGUUAUCAUUGCAGUGUCUGGUGUGUUUGUUGUCGCAUAUUCUGGGGCAGAAUCUACCGAAUCCGAGACCCAAUAUCCCUACAGACUCCUUGGGAAUGUAAUUAUAUCUGUUGGGGCUGUGUUGUAUGGAUACUACGAAGUCUUAUACAAAAAAUAUGCAUGUGUUCCUGACCACUUAGCUAAGGUUAUUACACCCCGCAGACAACUGACAUUUUCCAAUUUUGUGAUGGCCCUUUUGGGAAUGUUCACCUUGACCUUUUUGCUUCUAGGCAUUCUCCUAGUGGAGCUCCUACAAAUCCAUCACUUCAAUUUGUUUAAUUACGGAAAGAAUACGACCAAGAUUUGGGCAUAUAUCGGGGGCUCUAUUAUAUCUAACCUCCUUUUCUCAGGCCUGUUCUUAUCCUUAAUGGCACUCACAUCUCCCGUUCUAUCAUCUGUCAGUUCUUUGGUCACGAUAUUUCUAAUUGGUAUUGUCGAGUGGAUCCUUUUCGGAAAUGAGCUCGGAUUUAUGCAAUUGCUAGGCGAUGCGCUAGUUAUUGUUGGGUUUGCAAUUUUGACCGCUGCUUCGUGGAAGGAGAUCAGCGAGGGAAACGAAGACGAUGAAAUUGAUGCAGCUAGUUACUACUCAUUUGCUCCUAGUGUAAACACGGUUAACCACUCAGAGAGGGGGUAAUCAUGAACAGUUAUAUCAUAUAAAACAAAAACAGUCAGAUACGUAUAAAUAUUCACCAGGGCAUUUCGCCAACAUAUAGGGAAAUUGACAUUAUUGCUUCAUCGGUC